AUGCGACGUUUGAGCGAGGUCGUGACGGCCCUCGCAGUCGCUGCCGCUUUCGCCAUGACUUCUCACGUCUCGGCACAGGACGCCGAUGCUGUUGAAAACGUCCGUCGGCCUUCCGCUCAAGUUGAGGUCGAUCUACCACACAAGAAGAGGAGGCAUGUCGUCGAGCUUCUCAGGAGACGCGACGCACCUGCGGAUACCAUAGCCGCCGUCGCCACCCCUUCCACCACCAUCGCUGCCGCUACUCCCCAGGCCCUGGAAGCCGAGCCGACCUUCACCCUGUACCUCAACCAGACGGAAACGGAGACCAUGUAUGUCACCAAGAUGGACGCCACCGAGACUCAGACCGAAGUCCAACUCGUGACCGAGACGGUCACCGAGACUAUGAUGGCCCAGCUCAACGCCACUCAGCAAACCGUACGACAAGUCCCCUCCUCCUCCUCCUCCACACACGCCAACAACCCUCCACCCCAACGGCGCUGGAAACCCCAGGAAGCUGAAUGUUCAUGUCCCCCCCACCAGGUCACCGUCGCCGCCACCUUCGAAAAGACCGUCACCGUCGCCGCCACCUUUGAGAAAACCGUCACCGUCUCCGACUGCCAGACACAAGCAGCAGCGGCAGCGCCAUCACCACCACCACCCGCCGUCGUGACCACCACCACCGUGACCACCACCACCGCCGCUCCUCCCCCCGCCGAAACACCCUCCGAAGCAGCCGCCGCGUCAACCACACCCCUUUCCUUCGCCCUCGGCUCCUCCAACGGCCCCCCGCCGCCCUCGGGCCCUCCGUCGAACACUGCCGCCGCUGCGACUACGACCUCCAGCGCACAAGCCCUGGCCGACACGGCCCCGACGUCGGCUGCAGCAGCGGUGCCGCCGCCGCCGCCGCCGCCGCCGCCGCCGCCAGCGGGCGGAGGAAGCGACCCGUUUGAUAUUUCAACCGUGUCGUUGCAGGCGGCUGUGACGGUGGGGUUGGGGAGGAGGGACGCGCAGGCUGGCGAUGGUGGCGAGAGCGAUGAGAAGAGGGUGAGGAGGUGGAUUGGUUGA